AUGGCGGAGGAUCAGGUCUGGCGUGGGGUGGGAUGGGGAAUGGAGGGAGUGCGACACAGGGAGAAUCAGCAGAGACAUGCGGGAGGACGGGUGGACGAGGAAAUAGAGAGUGCGGCGAGUGCGCUCCCUAUGCAGAGGCAUCAUCCACGAGCGGCGGAGAAUCCUGCUGCGGUGCAUGCAGAGGAACUAGAGGAUGGUGAAUGGGUGGCUGUGGAGACGGAACUGGCGGGACUGGAGAAUGCGGGGCCCCAGGUUUUCGAGGAGACGGAGCGAGGGUUUGAGGAGGCUGGCGACCGCAUCGCAGCUGGCGGCAGGGUGCGUACCACAGCAGAGCUAAUGCGGCGUUUGACGUUGGUGGCAAGGUCCGUGGCCAGGACUUCGUCGGAGCAACGUGUUCGUCUCAGCGACUGCAUGGCAGAGAUUCGCGAGUUUGGGUUGCAGAUGCAGGGUUGGGACAUGCGCCACAUGCAGGACUACGAUGAUCUAACUCACGAGUACCACGAGCUCAAGGCUGAGGUGGUCCGGGAACGCAACGAGCUAAACCAAUUGCGUACUGUUGUUUCGACCUCUGUCGCCGAGGCACGAGCGGCAGCAGCUGAUGCGGGUCGCGCAGCUGCAGCAGCGGCUGUGGGAGCAUUGCAGGAAAAGUUAGAGGGUUUUUUCGAGAACUUAGGGGUGAAGCUGAAGAGUGUGGUUGAGCAGGUGAUAGAGCGAUCGUCGCUGGAGGCCACGAUCACAUCCAGCUCCAUGGAACACCUGCAAGCAGCUAUUGACAACAGUGUAUACACAGUGUGGGAGGAUCUCAGAACAGCCGACGACCAGAACAAUCUGACUUUCACCAAGAUUCAGAAGGCGCUUUCUGGACUGUCAACAAAGCUCAAAGGGCUGACUGGACCCAUCAAAGUCCGAAAACCACCCACCGCCGGAGCAGAGGCCACACCAAGGCCUUCGCGAACGCAGCCCGAAGCAGAUUCCCCGGACAUCCCAAUCUCCGCAGCACAACGACCGCCGAGGCAAGGAUGGUGGAACGCGAAAAGGAGGAUAAGCGGCGGAGAGAGGAGCAAAAAAGGGAGGAGGCGAGGAAGGUGGAAUGCGAAAAGGAGGAGAAGCGGCAGAAGGAGGAGGAGGAGCGGAAGAGGGAGGAGGCGAGGAAGGCGGAACGCGAAAAGGAGGAGAAGCGGCAGAAGGAGGAGGCGAGGAAGGCGGAACGCGAAAAGGAGGAGAAGCGGCAGAAGGAGGAGCGGAAAAAGGAGGAGUCGAGGAAGGCGGAACGCGAAAAGGAGGAGAAGCGGCAGAAGGAGGAGGCGAGGAAGGCGGAACGCGAAAAGGAGGAGAAGCGGCAGAAGGAGGAGGAGGAGCGGAAAAAGGAGGAGGCGAGGAAGGUGGAACGCGAAAAGGAGGAGAAGUGGCAGGAGGAGGAGCGGAAAAAGGAGCAGGCGAGGAAGGCGGAACGCGAAAAGGAGGAGAAGCGGCAGAAGCAGGACGAGGAGCGGAAGAGGGAGGAGGCGAGGAAGGCGGAACGCGAAAAGGAGGAGAAGCGGCAGAAGGAGGAGGAGGAGCGGAAGAGGGAGGAGGCGAGGAAGGCGGAACGCGAAAAGGAGGAGAAGCGGCAGAAGGAGGGAGGACGAGGAGCGGAAGAGGGAGGAGGCGAGGAAGGCGGAACGCGAAAAGGAGGAGAAGCGGCAGAAGGAGGAGGAGGAGCGGAAGAGGGAGGAGGCGAGGAAGGCGGAACGCGAAAAGGAGGAGAAGCGGCAGAAGGAGGAGGAGGAGCGGAAGAGGGAGGAGGCGAGGAAGGCGGAACGCGAAAAGGAGGAGAAGCGGCAGAAGGAGGAGGAGGAGCGGAAGAGGGAGGAGGCGAGGAAGGCAGAACACGAAAAGGAGGAGAAGCGGCAGCAGGAGGACAAGGAGCGGAAGAGGGAGGAGGCGAGGGAGGUGGAACGCGAAAAGGAGCAGAAGCGGCAAGAGGAAGAAGAGGAGCGGAGAAGAGAGGAGGCGAGGAAGGCGGAACGCGAAAGGGAGCAGAAGCGGCAAGAUAAGAAGAGGAGCGGAAGAGGGAGGAGGCGAGGAAGGCGGAACGCGAAAAGGAGGAGAAGCGGCAGAAGGAGGAGGAGGAGCGGAAGAGGGAGGAGGCGAGGAAGGCGGAACGCGAAAAGGAGGAGAAGCGGCAGAAGGAGGAGGAGGAGCGGAAGAGGGAGGAGGCGAGGAAGGCGGAACGCGAAAAGGAGGAGAAGCGGCAGAAGGAGGGAGGACGAGGAGCGGAAGAGGGAGGAGGCGAGGAAGGCGGAACGCGAAAAGGAGGAGAAGCGGCAGAAGGAGGAGGAGGAGCGGAAGAGGGAGGAGGCGAGGAAGGCGGAACGCGAAAAGGAGGAGAAGCGGCAGAAGGAGGAGGAGGAGCGGAAGAGGGAGGAGGCGAGGAAGGCGGAACGCGAAAAGGAGGAGAAGCGGCAGAAGGAGGAGGAGGAGCGGAAGAGGGAGGAGGCGAGGAAGGCAGAAUGCGAAAAGGAGGAGAAGCGGCAGAAGGAGGAGGAGGAGCGGAAGAGGGAGGAGGCGAGGAAGGCGGAACGCGAAAAGGAGGAGAAGCGGCAGAAGGAGGAGGAGCGGAAGAGGGAGGAGGCGAGGAAGGCGGAACGCGAAAAGGAGGAGAAGCGUCAGGAAGAAGAGGAAGAGCGGAAGAGGGAGGAGGCGAGGAAGGCGGAACGCGAAAAGGAGGAGAAGCGGCAGAAGGAGGAGGCGAGGGCGAUGGAAAGGAGGCGGGCACAAAGGGAGGCGGAGUUAGAAGCUAAGCGUCAGCAGAUUGCAAAGAUCGCUGAAACAAAGCGGUUGGAGGCAGCAAAGCGUAAACGAGACCUCGAAAUAGAGCGUCAGAAAGCCAUGGAGGAGAUCGAGCGUAUUGCACGGUUGGAGGAAGCCGCAAAGGAGGAAGAGGAGAGGCAACAAAAGGAGUUAGAGGCAGAAACAGAGAAAAUGGAAAACGAGAGGCGACGGAUUGCGGUAGUGGACCUCGUGGAGGAGCGGCAGGGUUCAGUACAACUGACAGGCCAUGGAGUUUUAGAGACUCAACCGCCAUCGAAAAGGCCACGCAUUGACCAGGCAGGAAUGAACUUCGACGCGGAUGAGGGGUCUUUGGGGACAGCUGCGUCAGAUGAAUGUGUUGGUGAAAAUGUGUCGGGAAAUCAGAACGUUCAACCAACGCUGGGGGAGGCGACGGGAGAGGUGGCACCGCGAAGAAAGGAUGCGCUACCAGAUGAGCUAGGGAAGCGGUGGGGAGAAACAAGGCAUUUCAGAUCGAGUGGUCUUACCACACGCGAAAAGAAGAACAAGAAGGGGGAAGUGGUGUCCGUGCGCUUCAACUCGGAGCAAACCAUUAGAGGUGUGAAGAGGAACAUGGGGAGCUACAAGGAGAGGAAGCGGCGAGAUUUCACAGUGGCCGUCUGUUGGAUGACCUACUUCCCCGACACCGACAUGCCACAUUACGGCUUGGAUCCUGCCGAGCUUGGCUUGUGGGCGGUCCACCUCGAUUUCGCUCGUGACCUCCCGACGGGUGUCUGGAGUGUCAUGAACGAAUUGAACCUCGACAAGUUCGAGAACUUCGAAAACGUCAUGAACAAGACAAAUGCACGGGUGAAGGACGGCGCACAUUUCCAGGUGGCCGUUUGCACAGGGAUUGGACAGGCCCUGGUACACGGAGGGAGUGGGCUGGUGUCGCCCCCCGCGAAUGUCACUCCCGCGGUCUAUGCAGCGGGAGUAGCUGCAACCCUCUACACCUUGUGGUGUGCCUCGAUCGGCAUUCCCCACCAGGACUGGGCGGAGGGUGCGGAUGAGGCGGCUCGUGGCACGCUCAACGAGGCAAGCCUUGCGAGUCAAGCAACUUCUACUGCUUGGCUUGGAGUGUGGACUUUAAAAGCCGUGAAGAACCUAACGCACGAGAAGGCGGAUUGGGAAGUGGUGCUCACCAAGGCCAUUCUCGGCCUUGUGGAUCCCGAGCCCGGGGAGGCAGAGGCUAUCGAAAUGGCCAAGGUUGUUUCGAGGGUGCUGGUGUACUGGUGCGAGUGCUGUCACGCAAACCAAAAUCUUUACGCGUAUCAGGGUGGGAUGCUCCAUUUUCCCCAGCCCACAAAAGGGGGACGGCGGAAGGGGAAUGCGGGAGGCAACGAGUGA